GGAUCUUUUGAUUUUCCGGCAAUUUCAAAGGAAGAAUGAGAUUUGGAGACCUUUGAUAGGACGAUUUAGUUUGCUUCUUCGACCGGAUACUGAUAGAUUCAUAGAUUCUUGAGUGGUUUUGUUCGAUUAAUACUCUGAUUCUCUUCAGCAAUCAUGUUUCUUAUCGAUUGGUUCUAUGGCGUUCUAGCAUCUCUGGGUCUUUGGCAGAAAGAGGCCAAGAUCUUGUUUUUAGGGCUUGAUAAUGCCGGAAAGACAACGUUGCUUCAUAUGUUGAAAGAUGAGAGGCUAGUUCUGCAUCAGCCGACACAGUAUCCGACAUCAGAGGAAUUAAGUAUUGGGAAAAUCAAGUUCAAGGCCUUCGAUUUGGGUGGGCAUCAGAUCGCCCGCCGAGUCUGGAAGGAUUAUUAUGCUAAGGUUGAUGCUGUGGUAUACUUGGUGGAUGCCUUUGACAGGGAGAGGUUUGCAGAGUCGAAGAAAGAAUUAGAUGCCCUACUCUCUGAUGAGUCCCUGGCCAAUGUGCCGUUCCUGAUACUUGGGAACAAGAUUGACUUAGCCUAUGCAGUUUCAGAGGAGGAGAUGCGUUAUCAUCUUGGCCUAACAAACUUCACCACAGGCAAGGGGAAGGUAAACCUCACCGACUCCAAUGUCCGUCCCCUCGAAGUCUUCAUGUGCAGCAUAGUCCGUAAGAUGGGAUAUGGUGAUGGCUUCAAGUGGCUUUCUCAAUACAUCAAGUAGGGGAAAGACGUAGGGAGAUAGAAUCCAGACACCCAGGUGGUAUUUUUCUUCCAUUCUGCUGAAGCUCCUGAAGAGGAGUUGAUUUGAAUGAAUUGCCCACUUGGAUUGAUGGUGAAGGGGUUAUUUAAUUAUCACUGGUAUAUCAUGUAAAGUCAUUUUGUACUAUCAAAUUGGGGUGUGAUUUUGUAGCUUUUUCAAUUAAGAUUGUUUGUUACUACUCUUUUACUUGUUUUUGGGUUCUUCAAUCAGGUAAAGUAGGAGAUUUUGUUUUAUAUUAUCUAUUUUUGCUUGAGGGAUUCAGGAUCUGGCAAAUAUAAUAAUGUGGUUUAAGGUAGG